CUCUUUACUGUAAGCCUGGCUUCUCAAACGCUAGCCCAGCCUGGGAUCUGGAGCCGCCGCCGCCUCCUCUCUAGUCCCUUUAACCCCACGAGUAACAUGCAUUUCCGAAACUUCAACUACAGCUUCGCCUCGCUGGUAGCCUGCGGGAUUGGCGAUGACUUCUUCUACGAGAGCGAAGCCAGGACCAAAUUCGAGUCUCUAUUCAGGGCCUUCGACAAAGACGCCACCUUUCAGUAUUUUAAGAGCUUUAAAAGAGUGCGGAUAAACUUCAGCAAUCCCUUGUCUGCCGCCGAGGCCAGAAUCCAGCUGCACAAGAGCGAAUUUCUGGGGAAGGAGAUCAAGCUGUAUUUUGCUCAGACGUUGCACAUAGGAAGUCCGCAUCUGGCGCCCCCAAAGCCGGAGAAGCAGUUUUUAAUCUCUCCUCCUGCAUCUCCUCCGGUGGGUUGGAAGCAGCAAGAAGACGCCACUCCAGUGAUCAACUAUGAUCUCAUCUACGCCAUAUCGAAACUCGGCCCAGGUGAACAGUAUGAAUUGCACGCCGCAACAGACACCACGCCAAGCGUUGUGGUCCACGUCUGCGAGAGCGAUCCUGAAAAUGAACUAGAGUUGGUGGAAGAUGAAGACGGCAUGUGCGGACCUAAACCCAAAAUCAUCCAGACCAGAAGACCAGACUACAUGCCCGUCCAUCUGAGCUGAAGCGGAGCUCUCGGCAGCUUGGAGGGACGCGUCGUGUUUGAUGAGCUAUUUUACUGUCCGAGGGGCAGGUGUCGCGGUUUUGGGACAGCAGCGGUAGCUGCUGAAUUCUAAUGCGGCUCGGCAGACUAAAGCCAGGGUGUCGCCCGUUUGCUUUUAUUCCACGCCGGUCGUCGUUCUAGAUUUGGGAAUAGUUUGA